AUGCAGCGAGUGGCGACCAGGCUGAGCCGCCGGCGGGUCUCGUGCCGGGACCUGGGCCGGGUGGACUGCGAUGGCUGGCUCCUGAAGAAGAAGGACCACGUGGGCUUCAUGGCCCAGAAGUGGAAGCGGUGCUGGUUUGUGCUGAAAGGCCACACGCUCUACUGGUACAACCAUCCCAAUGAUGAGAAGGCCGUGGGUCUCAUCAACGUGGCCACCUACGAUCUGGAGAGCACACGGGAGCAGAAGAAGAAAUAUGUUUUCCAGCUCUCCCACGAGAAGUACAAGCCCUUCAUCUUCGCCGCAGAAACGCUGGCUGAUCUGAGCAUGUGGGUCAGUCACCUGAUAACAGCCAAAACGAAGUACACGUUGGCCCACCAGUCGGUCCCGCACAGGGAGGAAGACUGCUACAGCGAGACCGAAGCUGAGGACCCAGAUGACGACUCUCCCAGGCCCAGCUGUCACUCUCCAAAGAGGAGGUUGCAAAAUGCCCCGGAGAAAGCCCAGCUCUUCCUGGCCACCGGCGAACCCAGCAGUGCAGUCAGCAGCCCCCACGGCAGCCACCAGUCCCACUUGCCCAUGGACUCUGAGGAGGAGGACCUCGAGAGCCUGAUGCAGUGCCUGAAGCAGGGGGGAGUGUCCCUCAUCGGGCGGCAGCGGUUUCUGACGGAGGAGCAGUACCGCAAAUCCUUCAUCAAGCGCAACAAGAACCCCCUCAUCAACGAGAAGGUGCACCUGGUGCGGGCCCUGCAGAGCACACUCAAGGCAAAGCUCACGGAGCUGCAGGUCCUAGAGCAGCUGCUCAACGAUGUCACGCUCACCUCAGAGAAGUUCACGUGCUGGAAGGAAGAGCACCAGGACCUGUACCAGGAGCUGCGGGAGUGGUGGGUGCGUCAGCAGGGCCAGGACUUUGAUGCGGGGCUCGGUGCUGAGCCCAGGCCACCGCAGGAGGCGGCUGAACCAUGACACCCCACAAGAGCUGCUGGUCCUUCGCUGGACCUCUCCAGCACAGAUCUCUCCCAUUAGAAAACACGGUGCUGCCGGAGCAAAGAGGAUGCUCUGCCUGUCCUGGCUGGUCCCACGGCAUGGGAUGGGUGGUGGUGGUGGGGGGAUUUACAUCAUUUUUGAAGGCAGAGAUGUGAGCAUGGACUUUCUGUGUGAGAAGUGGCUUCUGCUACAUCUCCACACGUUGGAGCGGGACAUCGCUGUGACAGCGCGGAGUCUCGCUUUCUUCAAGGACGCUUUGCCUUGGCUCCACAUUGGCAACGAGGGCCUUUUCCUGGAGGAACGUGGCCCUGGUGCCCCCGACUCGCGGGCCAGCAUGGUGCCUGCAGCUGGCCAGGCCUGGGUCCCUUCUGCUGUAAA